UAUACCAUCUCUGAGGAACCUAUGAGCUGGUGGAGGAGUCACGCAAGAUAGGUCAUCCCCAACGAAUGUCACAACAAAACUAAAAUAACGAUAAAAUAACAAACACACGAAAUGAAUCGCUUCGCCUAUGUGGAGGCACGUCUGAGUCCCAACGAAUCCUUCGUGAGCCGCGACAACAAGGUGAAGAUAUACGAUGGGGACCAAAAGACGGAGUUCGAAGAAGGUGAAAUUGUACUUACCACCCACCGACUAUUUUGGGGUCGUCCUGGGGAAAUAGCCCGGGCCGCCAUAACACUUUGCCUGCCACUCAGCUAUGUGAUAUCACUCAGCGAAGAGACGACUGCCUCCAACUUCUUUGGUCGUAAAACACGCAUAAUUAUGCACCUUCGUCCGCCGGCACCGGACAAAGGACCCGGUCCGCUGGACACCAGUCGUGCGACGCACAUCAAGUUGUCUGGAAAGAAUGGACUUAGCUUAGAGUUUCAUAGUGCCCUGCGGGAAACUCUGAAUGCCCGCGUUUGGGAGAUCCUUCUGACCAGCGAGACCAUCAUCAACAACGGGGCCAGCAGCCCGACCUCGGAACCCGCCAACGAUAGACUGGCUCGCAUUCAGAAGAGAACAGGAAUCGGUGGCAUUGAGCGUCACCUGGAGGCGAAGGCCAAGGCCACGGAUGAGAACAUAGCCAUGGCCUUUCAGGAUCUCAGUGUCCUGAUGGCCAUGGCCAAGGACAUGGUGGGAGUGUCCAAGACCAUUAGCAAUAAGAUACGCGAACAAAAAGGCGAGAUAUCUGACGAUGAGACUGUGCGUUUCAAAUCCUACCUCAUGAGCUUGGGAAUCGACGAUCCCGUGACACGGGACAACUUUACCAGCAAUUCGGCUUACUUUAGCAGCUUGGCCAGACAGAUUUGCGAGAUGCUCCUAGACCCUAUCGAGGACCAAGGAGGCAUGAUGUCCUUGGCCGACGUCUACUGCCGUGUGAAUCGAGCACGUGGACUGGAGCUGUUGUCACCUGAGGAUUUGUUGCACGCCUGCGAGCAGCUUAGUGGUCCCAUCCGCCUGCGCAGCUUUCCUAGCGGCGCUAGAGUUCUGCAGCUGGAGUCCCACGAUGAUGCUCUGAUUGCCGUUGACACUUUAGAGAAGGUGGAGGUAGCCGAAUCUCUGGCUGUGGAGGAACUGGCCAAGAAGCUCGGAAUAUCCCUUCUGCUGGCCAAGGAGCGUUUACUGGUUGCCGAGCGUCUGGGUAAGGUGUGCCGAGACGAGUCCGUGGAGGGACUCCGUUUCUAUCCUAAUCUGCUGCUAAACCGGGACUAAUUUAACUGUGAAUGUGCUUGUUACUAGAUAUGCUUAAUAAAAAAUUAUUAUAUUUUACAAUGGUGGCUAAAU